GAAGCCCUGCCGGGGCUGGGCGGGGCCGAGGUCGCCAGGAGACAGGGCAGUCUGGCCCCCCCGCGCCGUGACGCUGCCAGCCCUGAUUGGGCGCUGAGCUUGGCAGUUCUCCAUUACCCCGGCGACUGUGGCCGGGACUCUGCGGGCUGUAAACAGAGAGGCGGCGGCGGCGGCGGCGGCAGCAGCAGAGCGCGCGCGCGCAAGUGCCAGAGCGACCCUCACUCAGAGCUGUGCCAACAACCCUGCGUACCCCUGGAGAGAGGCGCAUUGAGCAGUGGGGGCCAUGCCAGCCCCCUGACCAUGUUCAAGAUUGCCGAGUACUAUGACGAAGAGACUUUCCCAGCGGAGGAGAAGGAACCACCGGAACAGAAGCUGACCUGGAAGGCAGAUCCAGAAGGCGCCAAGGAGCCAGGAAGCCCAGCUAGUCCUGGGCACCAAGAGCUGCGCCGCCGUAUCGGUUCCGACGCUCCCUUGCCGGAGCCAGACACACCAGAUGAGCUGGGCACCUUCCGGGCGCGCUCACGCUCCGCUCCCCCUAACCUGUGGGCUGCCCAGCGUUACGGGCGGGAGCUGCGCAGGAUGAGCGAUGAAUUCCACGGAGCACUGCAGAAGCUGCCACGGCCCAAAAGUGCAGGGGCCGCUUCCCAAAUGUACCGGACCACAGGUUGGAAGGAAACCCUGCAGUCGUGGUGGUCCCGAGGUCCCCCUAGCAACGAGCCCCCCAGGGGGCCUCCGUGACGUCGCCCCACUGCUGCCUGUUACGAGAAGGAAAGGCAGCGGUGAUGGGGAACUCAGCCUGCAGGGCCCACAUGGCACAUCCUCCUUUGUGGUGUCCCAGAGUAUUGGGGUGGGGGGAGAAUCCCCAAACACCCCGCCCCCUUAGAAGAUUUUGCCCCACACCUCACACUACAGUAUGAUGUGGACGAAUCUUACCUGCUGCCUCUUUACACAGGAUCAAAUGCCUUCCGCUGCCUGCCACCCACCCUUGAAUCCCUCCCACCCACCCACUCCCAACUCCGCGGGGGUCCCGCCCUGCCCUGUCUAAAGAGUACUUUAAAAAGGAAGAAAAAAGGCAAACACUGAAUGCAUUAUUGGAAUAAAAGGCCUGGAUUUCUGUUUUUCUAUGGAUCACAUUUGUACAAGCCUUCAUUAAAGUGUUGUUACUUCUGG